CGAGCUGGCUCUUCCGCGGAUGCUAUCAAGAUCACACGUGAGCGUAAGAUCGACCUCACAGAGCGCGGUACCACCAGACGGGUUUUUCAGUGUCUUGUUGUUGGAGCGAAGGAUACUGGGAAGAGUGUUUUCAUGCAAUCAUUAGUUGGUCGCGGAUUGCUGGAUGCAAUGCACACAGGUCGAAGGCAUUAUCCAUAUGUUAUUAAUCGGGUUAAGGUGAAGGAAGAGAUUAAGUAUCUGUUACUGAGAGAGGUUGAUGUGCUCUCUCCGCAAGACGUGCUAAGCAGCGCCGAGACAGCUGCUGAUGUGGUAGCCUUCCUUUAUGACAUCAGCAAUCCUGAAUCGUUCGCGUUUUGUGCGACAAUUUACCAGAAGUAUUUUUAUCGCACGCGAACACCAUGCGUCAUAAUAGCGACAAAAGUGGAACGCGAGGAGGUGGAGCAGCGGUGGGAAGUGUCACCAGAAGAAUUCUGCAGGCAAUUUGAACUACCGCGUCCCAUCAGGUUUACAAAUAGCCAGAUCGGUGUCGCCAGUGGUCCUAUCUUCGAGCAGCUGGCAACUAUGGCCGUAUAUCCCCAUCUGAGACGAGUCUACUAUCUUCACGAUUCAAAUCUGCUUCAGAAAAUUACUUUUGGAGCCGCCCUAGCAGCUCUCGCCGGCUUUCUUGUCUUCAAGAAUUUAUGA